AUGGCUAAGACUUACAACGUCGGUAUUGUCGGCUACGGCUUCAGCGCGAAGAUCUUCCACAUUCCCUUCGUGACGGAGGUUCCCGAGCUCAAGCUCUACGCAGUUGUCCAGCGCACACCGAAGCAGGAUGACGAUGCCGAGAAGGACCACCCCGGUGUGAAGUCGUACCGUAGCGCUGAGGAGAUGGUCCAGGACCCCGCAGUCGACGUGGUGAUCAUCACUACUGCCCCCGACUCUCACUUCGCACUGUCCAAGCUGGCACUGGAGGCUGGCAAGCACGUUGUCUGCGAGAAGCCCUUCACCCCCACUUCCAAGGAAGCGGAUGAACUCGUCGCCCUUGCAAAGAAGAACAACAAACAGCUUGCCGUAUACCAGAAUCGCCGCUUCGAUGCCGACUACGUGACCCUCUCCAAGCUCGUCAAGAACGGCUCAUUCGGCCGCAUCUCCGAGUUUGAAACCCACUUCGACCGUCACCGUCCAGAGGAGCCGGCCAACUCUACCUCAUGGAAGAACAAGGUCAUCCCUGGUGGCUCAGCGAUCUAUGACCUUGGAACCCACCUCCUUGAUCAGGUCGUGCAUCUGCUCGGACUGCCCGCACGAGUAACCGCUUUCAUUGGCUCCGCCCGGGAGCACAACACGACUUCAUACGAGGACUCCUUCACCGUUCUGCUGCACUAUGCCAACGGCAGUAUGGUUACCGCCAAGGCGACUGUGGUCAGCCCCGAGGAAGAGCAGCUGCGCUUCUGGGUGCGCGGUACCGAGGGUAGCUUCAAGAAGUACCACCUCGAUAUCCAAGAAGAUCAGCUCAAGGCCGGCAUCAAGCCCCAGGAUAAGGGAUACGGUCGUGAGCCCAGUGAGCGUUACGGUACUCUGACAACCAUCAAGGACGGCAACCCCGUCAAGGAGGUGGUUCCCACCGUCGAGCCCCCCACUUACACCGAGUACUACCGCAAGCUUGUUCGCGGUCUUGGUGGCGAGGGUGACCUUCCUGCUAGCGGCGCGGAGGCUGCUCAGGUCAUUCGUUUGAUCGAGUUGGCUCGUGAGAGUUCCAGCGUUGGACGUACUUUGGACGUCUAA